AUGACGAAGUAUAAUAUCACCGUCACCAGUGACAUUUUAUGUCCGUGGUGCUAUAUAGGGCAUACGCGUGUGUCUCGCGCCAUCGCUGAACACAAAAAGACAUAUCCUGAUGACACCUUUCACCUGAACUACCUACCUUUUUAUCUCAACCCACCACCACAGCUUACUGCUGGUAGCGGUCCGCCGCCACCGCCUUUUCCAGUACCAUCGCGCCCAAGACGUGAGAUGUAUGCCGCAAAAUUCGGGCCUGAGCGCGCGAAGCAGAUCGAAGCUAUGAUGAUCCAAACCUCCCGCGGUGAGGGCCUUGACUUCAAAUUCGGCGGUAUGACGGGACACUCAAGGAACGGACAUAGACUUGUCCACUGGGCGCAGGACAAAGGGGGCGAGGAUUCCCAAAACAAGGUUAUGCUGGGUCUUUGGAGACGCUAUUUCGAGCAGGAAGUCGACAUUACAACUCUCGAAACCCUGGUGGACGUAGGGUUGGAGGCUGGGCUGGGUACCAAGGAGGAAAUCACCGAGUACCUAGUCUCUGGUAAGGAUGGGGACUUGGUCGAUAAGGAGGCCGAGGAAGCGUACAUGAAGGGCAUCUCGGGUGUGCCCUUCUACGAGAUCAAUGACAUGUGGGAGAUUUCGGGUGCACAGGAUCCCCUAGCCUUCAGGAAACUGUUCACAAGGUGGAAGGAGUUGGAGGCCAAGGGGCAAGUGCCUGUAAGUGAUGAGAGCGCGAAGACCUCCGCCGGAAAUAGCUGCUUGUGA